AUGUCGACUGGACCGAAGAAGACGUGGCGCUCGGGGACGGAGCACAUCAACAAGCCCGAGAUCAGCAAGGCCUGGCAGAGCGCCGAGAUCGACGCCGACCGAGCUGAGAAACUGCACGAGGUGCCCCAACACCUCAAGGUGGGCGAGAAGGUGAUCUCGCGGUCCGGCGACGUCAAGCAGCCGAGCAAGAAGGCCACCAAGAAGCACCCCUCGCCGGGCUUCAAGCAGGACCUGACGGCCAAGGAGACCCAGGGCCAGCCCAAGUUCGCCCAGCAGACCGAGAAGGUCCUCAACCAGUUCUAG